AUGGCUGAUGAUUAUUCUUCUGAACAAGCAUAUAUAAAGCAAAAUCAAUUGACAGUUUAUUUUGAAGAUUGUAUACGUAGUCUUCUUGAAGCUCGUCGUCGUCCGCCGCCAUUAGAAAAAACCAAAAUCGAUGCUAAUGCAUUUUUCCGAGAUUAUUUUCUACAAGUAAAACGAGAAACUCAUAUAGUUGGCCGCGAAUUUGCAUUUGUCAAUGCUACACCAUAUAAUCGUCGUGCAUUUCUCACUCAAAUCUGGUUAAAAUGUGAGGCAUCACUACCACCACCAACAACAUUAAAAGAAAUGCAUGCAAUAAUGCUUUCAAUUUGUCCAGAUUUUCCCUAUUCACUUCUGGAAGUUACUCUUCAAUUAAUUGAAGAUCACGAGUCUUUUUUAUUGUUUGAUUAUGUUAUAUUUUUACGUGCAUUUCAAGUUCGUUUUAUUUAUGAUGAAUUCGUUAACGAAACUCAAACACUAUUUCGUUCAUUUUCACAUCGUUUAACAUGUCAUGUUCCAACAGGCGAAAUAAGUAUUCCACAACAAGAUAAUAAUCAUCGGCAAAUUAUAUACGAAGCAUUACAAAAACUAAUAUCAACAAAUGCAUGUACCGGUCCACCGUUGAAUAUUUUAGAAGAAAUUUUACUACCAACAGAACAACAACAACAACAACAACAACAAUUAACGCAUCAAAAAUUUUUAAUAUUUUUAGCUAAAAAUGAAAAAUUAACACGAUUUAUUGGUAGAGAACCUACGAUUUUAAAACAACCACGUCCUAUUCAACAGCAACGAUCUGUUAUCGAACCAAUAUCAUCAAUACAAAAUGAAACCAAAAUACUGCUAACAUCAUUAUCAACGCCAACAACACGUAUAUCAAGUCCAAUAUCAUCGGGAACUGUAUUGCCACCACUACCGAAACAGCAAACACUUGUACGAGAAAAACCUAUAAGACAGGGUUCACCAGCAUCGGGCAUCGUACAAACAAAUUUUAAUAAACGAACGGACUCAGCAACAUCAUUUAUUGCUCGAUCUAGUUCAGCUAAAUCAUCAAUACCGAUGACCAAUGUUAUAAAACAAGAAAUAAGCGGAACCGAUUCAGAUAUAGAAUCUCCAUUUAAAAAAUAUUUAUUAAUCAUCCCGUAUACUUGUGGUUUUGCUUUUCUAGAUAUCGAUUGUUUGAUGGCAUCUUCAACAAAUUUAGACGAAAGAUUUAAUACAGCUGUGAAAACUAUUCAAAAUUUACCACCGCAUGGUAUUAUUCAACCGUCGAAUUUAACAAAACUAACUUUCUAUGGUCUUUAUAAACAAGUGACCCAGGGUCCAUGUAAAGAAUCACGACCGUCUGUUUUUAAUAUUGUUGCUCGAGCUAAAUGGGAGGCAUGGGAUAGAUGUCGAUCAAUGACUAAAGAACAAGCUAUGCUAGCAUAUAUUGGUGAAAUCGGAAAAAUUGUUGAAACAAUGCCUCAAACGAAUGAAGUCAUAGAAUUUGCAAAAUCAGUUGGAUUACCAAAUAAAUCUGUAGAUGGCCAAGCAUCGAAUACAUUAUCAGAAAAACAGCAACAUCACGCUUCUGUUAAUCUUAUUGACAAAGAUGAUCACCAUAAUGAUCCACUUGUUGCGAAUCCUAUUCAAACUCCUGUUGUCGACGAUAAUGCUUCAAAUCGUUCAUUAUCUCUAUCAUCGGCUUCUUCCUUGUCUUCAACAACGUCUUCCAAUAUUGAUGAAUUUUAUGAUGAUCCAUCUUGUUUCAUAUCUUCAGAUUAUGAAGGAAUAUCAUCAGAUUACAAUAUUAUUAAACAACCAUCUCCAAAUCCAACAAGAUCUUUUCCACAUUUGCAUGGUAGUCAAAAUCGAACAAAUGAUUCAGUACAAAAUACAAAUAGAUCAACAGCACAGCCAUCUUCACUUCCUCGCCACAAUGCAUCUACACCAGUCAUCUAUUCAAUUUCAUCUGUUGUAUCUGAUAUUAAUAAUAGAAGUCAUCUAGCUAAUGAUUGCAAUAAAGAAACACAACGUGCUAUAUUAACAGCAUUGAAUAAACUUCAGCGAGAUAUUCAUAAUAUAUUAGAAAGACUUAAUCGAUUGGAAACAUCAAGUUCUCUUCUUCAGCAGAGAGAAUUAUCUACUCGAUUAGAAUCAAAUUCUUCGUCGCGAUGGUGGCCAUUGUCAGGUUUUCGUCGAGAAGUCAUUGCAUUUAUAUUACUUUGGCCUUUUGUUGCAUUUAUUCUUAUGCGUUUAUUCCUUCGCGCAAAAAUAAGUAUACGUUUUCAACGACAACAUGCUCUUAAAAUCUAA